CACUGUUGUGGCACUUAAGGAACCAAGGUUUUUGAAAACAAAUAACUGAAAUAUUCACAUUUUACUGUCAUCUAAAUCUUCCAAAGUAUUGAAGAUUGGACUAGCUCACUCAAAGUACUUUCAAGGCGGCGUUCUUCGGAUUUUCUUCCCGAUGGCCAACAGCACUUCGGUUGGGGAGACUAAGUUCAUAUAUUACAUCGAUGAAGAAGAAACUCCUUACCUUGUUAAACUCAACAUUGCUCCAGAAAAAGUCACUCUUGGCGAUUUCAAGAACGCUCUAAACAGACCGCAUUCGAAAUUUUUUUUUAAAUCACUGGACGAUGAUUUCGGGGUUGUUAAGGAGGAAAUAUUCGAAGAUAACGCUCCACUCCCUUGUUUCAAUGGCCGUGUCGUUUCUUGGUUGGUGACUACAGAUGAAAGUAUAGCAUCUGAUCCAGGUGUUCUCAACCCCUCUGUUGAGGCAAACGCUAGUGUAAAUAGUAGUAAAUAUGAUCCUAACCUUGAUUUGGAGUCAAAUAAUACGCGCAACAACGAAUGCAAAAUCAACUCUUGUGUACUUCAGUCACAUACGACCGCUGCUCCAGCUGAUUCUACUUCUGCAAACCUGGGUCAUGGAGGAAAUAUUGGACAAAAUUACGAUACAGAAACGGAAUCUGUACAUAGUGCUAACCAAGAUCGCAUUGCUCCUCUACGGAAUUUUCACAAUUAUAAAUCUAGUGGUCGACAUCACCAUACAACGAGUGGUGGUAGUCAUAUUACUCAACAGACAACCCAUAGUGGUUCACGCCAUCGCCACUAUCGUUAUUUGCCUAGUUCAAAUACCUAUGAAGCUCCUUCAAUGAUGAGUUCUGAUUUAGAAUCAACUAGCUUCUUAGACUCGGAAGAAGAAUCUAGCAGAUUUUCAUCAGUCACUGGAACAACAUUAUCUUCCCGUCGGUAUGGUCGUGCACGUCGCAGACGAAGACGUAGGCGUCCACCACCAAUCAGCCGAGCCUCUUCGUUCAGCAGUAUUACAGACUCCACCAUGUCUUUAAAUAUUGUAGCAGUUACGUUGAACAUGGAUAUCGUCAAUUUCUUGGGUAUCAGUAUAGUUGGUCAGUCAAAUAAAUCUGGAGAUGGUGGGAUUUAUGUAGGUUCUAUCAUGAAGGGUGGUGCUGUCGCUCAAGAUGGACGAAUUGAACCUGGGGAUAUGAUUCUGGAAGCAAAUGGAAUUAGUUUUGAAGAAAUGAGUAAUGACGAUGCAGUUCGCACAUUACGAGAGCAAGUUCAGCGUCCUGGACCUAUUACAUUAGUUGUUGCUAAAUGUUGGGAUCCUAAUCCAGCCGAACGUUAUUUUACAAUACCUCGUCAAGAACCUGUACAUCCUAUUGAUCCGCGUGCCUGGGUGUUACAUACCAACGCAAUGACCACACCAGACUCACAGGUUCAAAGUAGUGAUAUACAUAGACAAGUUAAUGGGACUUCCAUGACUGGUGCCUCGUCAGGUGGUGAGUCUAGCUCCACUCUUAGUCCCCCUGGUCUUACCCCUGGUAUGAGUAUGGGCACUUUGACAUCAGGGCAAACUUCAAUGCCGCUAGGUACAAGUGCAGCAGCGUUCAAUAUGGCUGCUUUACUUGCAGCCUCUAAACAAAAACAGCAACAAGAACAAGAACAUCAGCAGCAACAACAUUUACUUCAACAACGAAUUCAUUUAUCACAACCCGCAUUUUAUCCUACGUCAAAUUUAUUACUUCCCCAUGGUUAUACUCAACAGGUCGCUCCUAGCAUUGUUACUGCAUCCAGCUCGCUGCCGGAGAUUGAACGUUACUCAGACCCCAUUCCAUUAGGUCUAUCGACAAGUAUUCCCACAGUUAUUCGUGCAAUGCUCCAACCUGAUUCUGGUCUCGAUAUUAGGGAUCGUAUGUGGCUCAAGCUAACCGUACCAAACGCGUUUAUAGGUUCUGAUCUAGUUGAUUGGCUUUUCCGUCACUUGGAUGGUUUGACCGAUCGCCGGGAAGCCCGAAAGUAUGCAUCUAAUCUGCUCAAAUUGGGAUACAUUCGGCAUAUUGUAAAUAAGUUAACUUUUUCGGAACAAUGUUAUUAUGUCUUCCGGGAUAUAAGUGAACAUAUGUCUUGCUUAAGCCUAGAAGAAGUUGAUAGUGUCAGUGAAGUUGGUGCACAUUCUCAUCCCAAUUGGGGGCACAAUACAACAAGUACUAGUUUAACUGUUAGGGCUGGUGCUAGCAUGCCUGAUUACAAUCCGGGUUUUGCUGGAUCUCAUGGAAUCGGAGCAGCAAGUAGAGAAGGGAAUAGCAGUCAGUAUAGCACCGUCCCACCGAUGUAUCAUCCACCUGCUCCGCCUCUUGCUGCUCCUAUUCGUCAGUUGAUCGCAGACGGUCAAAAUAUAGCUGCUAACGCAAAUCUCCAACAGUCACACAGUGGGCCCCGAUUGAACAGUGGAAAUAGGGAUAAUAUUUCAGGCUAUUCCAGUUCAACAUCUAGCACAAGUAGUGAGUCAGGUCAUUUCGCUCAUGAAAUUCCUGGACAUACGAAAUCACGUCCCAAAGAAACAUCCGCGUCAAACCACAUUGGGGUUCAGGGAUUCAGCCAUUCUAGACAACAAGAUUCAGUUUUACCAAAUGUACGGUCACUAAAACAGCAACAUUCCCAGUCAAAUUCUAAUUUGGCACAAAAUCUCUCUGCUACUGGUGGUGGUGUUGCAGGCAAUCAGUCUAGAUUAAGACCUCCUUUUUAUUCUAAUGGUAAUGAUCUAUCUCAACAGAACGAGCUUGCAGCAUCAUCUACAGGAUCUAGUUCAACUUCUUUUGGAAACCCAAGACAGAAUGUUCCCGCUAAUAAUUCUGAUGGCAAGCAACACCAAACACAGGAAUCAGUUAAACGAGAUUCUAUGCUCAGUUCGAAAAGUAGUAGCAGCAGUAGCUGUACUCCGUUGAAUGCAAACAUACAGGAAACGCGACUGUUCAAUUCACAUCGGCUGUCUCAUAUGUCAAAUCACCAAAAUUGUGCUCCUCCUCCUCCUCCUCCACCACGAAUUUCAACUGCUGUUUCUGGUUUCACACUCACAAGUCAUCCUUAGACAUGAAAUCUGGAAAAACAGAAUUACCGUGGUUUGGAAAGUUUUUUCUACCUCAUCCCAUCUCUUCUCGAAGGUUUCCAAAGAGAUAUAAUUAUUUUGACCACUUCGUUGUAAUUACAGUGAUAUGUGAUACUCGGAUUUCCAUAAUAUAACCUCAUUUCUUCACAAAGAAGCUCAUCCACAACUCAGGCCAUUUUUCCGAUUUUAUACUCAUAAAAGUUUUCUCCCUAAUAUAUAGUUCACUCACGCGUUAAGUUGUAUAUUGUGCAAUCAUUAACAUUUUAAAAUACCCUUUUUAACAAAAAGAUAUCAACUCUUCUUGUAAUCAAUCUCAUAGUCUACCUCGAUGUAUUGCUUAUCAUUUAUCUAGUUACAACUUAUUGUCUUGUUCUUGAAAUGAACUACCAUAUUACAUAUUAUGUACCAAUCCUUCGUUUUUAUCUCAUUUCCUUUCUUUCUUUCUUAACUAACAGAAUGUGCUUUAUUUAACCGUAUUAUUCAGUUACCUACUCCAGAAAUAAUUUUUUUCCUUAAAUUCAGUUGUCGUUACGUAUAAUAUUUGAUUGAUGCUUGAAUCAUUUACAAUUUUUAAAUUAAAACUUUCUAACUAAAUGGCUCUUUUAUUUCGAGUAUUUCAUUCUUAGUACAGAAAUCGUAUUCAUUUAUUUAUGUUAAUGCAAGUAAGACUGGGUUUUGUAAAACUCUUGGUGUAUAGAAUUCUUAAUGGAGGAACCAGAGCGCAUUGAUCUACUUAUGUCGAAUUUAUACUAGGUAAGGCACCUAUGUUACAACUCAGAUAAGAAAAGAGGAUUAAUAGUGGUGACCAACGUAGCCCAGAAAAAAAUAUUUACAAACCGGCCAAACGUCGGAAAUAUAGAGGAAGAUUAAAAAUAAGUGCUACUUCACAAAUUUUUCCAUAUACGUGUCUAUACACUUCCUUGGCUCACAAUGCACCUUAAAGCUAGACAAAAACCUAAUAAAACUAAGAAUUAGAAAUCUUACAAACUUCAACCAGCUAUUAUUAUUGACUUUGUCUGAUUAUCAAUGGUUAGAAUCCCAAUUCUAUGCCUAUCUUUGCGGAUAAUUUGUAUUUAUUAAAAAGUAAUUUAUUUAUGGGUCGUGGCUGUUUACUUAAUAAUCCCUAGAUAUGAUAGAACGGCAUUUAAUCAUGCGGUUCCUCAAGUAUCCGGCCUAUCAAAAUGGAGAGAAAAUAAAAUUUUCAUUUUUUUCAAACGUUUCUAAACUUCAGUGAAUUUUAUUUCACUAAAUUUUAAAAUAAAUUGUCCUUUGCAUAAUUCAGCCCUAUUCUUUUGAAGCGUUUGUUUUAUAUGAGCUGAUUUAUUGCUAAACGAUGUCCAGAUGUUUGAAUGAACAGUUCACUUUACAAUACUUGGUCAAGUUUAUUAUCUUUAAAUCCACCGGUAUGCUAUUUUUUAGAAUGCAGACAUUUGCCAUUUUAUUUUCUUGGAAUUUAAAAUUAAGUUCCUUAGUUAUCAUGAUAAACAGAGUAAAAAUGUGCUGUUAAUCUGUGAGC